AUGGAGCGGCCAGACCGACUUGCCGGCUCGUCCGUCGGUUCUGCAUCGCAGGCUUCAAUUCCGCGAAGCUUGCCCGAAAAUCAUACAUCUGGACGCCGUCCAGUUCCAAACUCAGCUGCCACAUCCAACGGCCCUCCGCCACCUCCUCCUAUCCCAAGCCUACGCAGCGUCCCGUCCAGUUCAUCUCUCUCAACCGCUGGCAUGUCGGCAGCCCAGGUUAUCAACCUCGCGCGCGAGGCCAUGCAAAAUGCAAUCGAAAGCGAAAGUCAAGCCGCCGAAGCUGGUGCUGUUAGCACAGGGCUCCGAACCGGAGUCACUAUUGACCUGAGUCGUAAAGGCAUCCAGAAACUUCCAGAUGAAGUCGUCGAUAUCGUGAAAGGCGAACUGGAACGGUCCGCUUCCAAGAACUCGUCCUCAAACACACGACCCGACGCCGAUACUUAUACGGUCUCCAGACUGGCAUUGUCUCAUAACCAACUGACGAGCUUGCCUGCUCGCUUUUCCGAAUGCACAUCACUACGAUACCUCAACAUCCGGGGUAACCAGAUCAAGGAAUUCCCUAUGCCUUUGUGUGACUUGAAAUCUCUAGAAAUCCUCGACCUCGGUAGGAACUCACUUCGAAUUCUUCCAGCAGAUAUCGCAAGACUCUCUUCUUUGAAAGUGCUAUCUAUACCCAAAAACCAAAUACGAGAGCUGCCCCUAUGUAUUGCCGACAUGGGAUCAUUACAAGUUAUCAAAUUUGAAGGAAACCCUAUCAGCUUUCCGCCACGAGAUGCAAUUCAAGUGCAAGCAGCGAGCCCUCCACACGAAGGUGUUCAAAAAGACAACGAAGUGACAGAGGUGGCAGUCACUUUGCAGAUCAAGCGAUACCUGAAGCAAUAUACUAUUAAUGGUCGGUCCGAAUCUGACAAUACGGGAGAUGAAUCGAGCGAAGGUGCAGAAACCCCCCGGUUUCCUUUGAAGAGAGUGGCUAGUGGGCGCUUUCCUGUCAAGGUCCAGGGUGCCGAUUUGCCUGAUAUCCGUUCUCCCAACAUUGGAUCACGGGCACCCCCGAUACCAUCAAGAUCUCAUUACCGGGGGCUUUCGCAACAAAACACCGCUUUUCGACGACCUGGUGUUAUGCCUCUAACAAUCGGCAAUGUCAAUGAGCGGGUUCGCAGCAACUCUGAAAGCCUGCUCCGGGCAGAAAGGUCAGAUGGCCGUAGCAGGCGCAUGGGAAUAGUCUCAAGAAAGCCUUCCGACCUCGGCACGCUUGAUGAGAUGCAGGUCAACAACCGCUUUAGUCACUAUCGUGGUUUGAGUCACGGUUCUGCAAUGCAGGGGAAUCAAGCAACAACUAAGAGUCCAGCAACACCCACAGAACCCUACCUCGCACGCCCGAUAUACGUGAGACGUCUUUCAAUCCUUCCUGAACGACGAAGAGAGUCAAAGAUAUUUGACCCAGUAAUCGAAACUGCCAAGGGGAUUCUGUACUCGGUCUUCCAGAUUCAUCCCAUGAUCCAGGCGUUAAUGGGCCUGACAAGUGACGGCUCAGCCAAGCGAUCCAGUCUUGAAAUCGUGUUUUACAACACCAACUCUCAUGUUGAGGAACUGGAGCAGGAGUUACAGAAACACGAAAAUGCGCUGGGCGAGCCUCACGAUCAUUCUCAACGAGAAAACGAAAACGUGCACAGGGCAUGCCAGACUCUGGUCAGCGCGUAUGGCCAUGUCUGCACACUUUUGGCCGAUAACAUCGGCACAUUCGUGGAUUUUGGAGAUGCCCGAUAUAUUCGAAGUCUCCUGAUGUCCCUCUACAACAGUAUCAUGGAACUGCGCGUCACUUUGUCAUCUGUCAGUGCUGCCGAUGUUCGUCGACGAGGCGGACCCAAAGGUGGUUCAACUGGCGAGCGCACUGCCAGGCCACAUGCGCGAGAACCAUCUGCAACUCCCACCCUCAGCAGGUCGAAUGGAGCUCGCAAUCGCAACGGCACCUUGGUUCACCACCCGGUUAACCUACGCGUUAGCACUGACGUCCCAGUGCCCACGCCCCUUUCUGCAACAUAUCUCAAUGGCAAUGGGCGCACUGCGACUCUUGCUUCGGCCACUCCCCGAUCAGGAGAAUCCUUCUCCUCAAUUGGUAGUCGUGGGAUGUCAUCCGAGUUUACAGAAGACGAUCGACAGUUUGAGCGGAUUUUCCUGGCUCUACAAAGAUCUACUGAUCUCGUUAUGGGCACGCUGCCCAACUUCAACGCCCAACUGGCUGGUGGCUUGCGAAAUGCCAUGUACCAGCGGACUCCUGAAAGUGUUCUCCAGCACUGGAAGCAGUUGAUUGCCAUGUGUGGUCAGGUUAUCCAGCAGACUGAGAUCCUCAAAAACAGAUUGUCCAUGAUCAAACUGAAGGAGCCAGGCGUUCGGACGCAGGCAAAUUUCUGGAGUCUCUGCAGUAACUUCAGUCACUCGUGGGCGGACAUGAUUUCUCAGAUCAAGUAUGGGCCUAACAGUGUGCCGCUUCCCCCCGAUACUCGGGCACGCUUGAGGCCGAUUCAACAGAGUAUCAAGGAGACAAGCAACAUCAUCUAUAAAUCGCCCUGGCACUACCUAUUCCACCCUUCUGGCGCUAUGAACGGACAGGCAUACCCUCGCGGCAUGUCUCCCACGUCAGUUCCCAUCACACCACAGAGUGCCGCUUUGGGUCCUGCAAUGCAAGCGACAGUUCCUACUACGCCCUCGAACAGCUCCUUUGCGGCAGCGUUCCAUGGGAAUGUUUUCGACCGAGCAGACGCUCUCAUGGCAAACCCAGGUAUCUCCAUGGGUCGCAACGGUGCUUUUGGCAAGGGUCACAUGGGCUUCAGCUCGCUAUCUUCUCUAUCUUCCAUGUCGUCUGAUGAAGGAAUACUUCCCACUCACGGACCACUCGGCCCAGUACCUCUUCGUCUUAAUGGAGGCAAAGUCGCCUUUUAG